ACCUAGGCAACUCGAACAAAAUCCAGUGAUGGAGGUCAGCUCCACAGAAGCCAGCAGCAGCUCCCAGGCAGGCACCAGCUGGCUGGAUCUUACCCUUGUCACCUGUACUGAAACGGUGACUUUCACUGAAGUGGUGGCAGAAGAGGAGUGGGGAUCCUUUUACUAUUCCUUUAAGACAGAGCAGCUGGUGACUCUUUGGAUUCUCUUUAUUGUCACAAUUGCUGGAAAUGCCACUGUUCUCUUCUCUACCUGGAGGAGGAAGCGGAAAUCUCGAAUGACCUACUUUGUUACACAGCUGGCAAUCACAGAUUCAUUCACGGGACUCAUAAACAUAAUGACUGACAUAAUUUGGCGCUACACUGGAGAUUUUAUGGCUCCUGAUAUCGUUUGCAGAGUCGUUCGCUACUUCCAGGUGGUCCUUCUCUAUGCCUCGACUUACGUCCUUGUGUCAUUAAGCAUAGACCGGUAUCAUGCCAUAGUUUACCCAAUGAAGUUCUUGCAAGGAGAAAGACAGGCGAAAGUGCUUAUUGGAGUGGCCUGGAGCCUCUCUUUCCUGUUUUCCAUACCAACUCUGAUUAUUUUUGGGAAACGGCAGCUCUCCAAUGGAGAAGUGCAGUGCUGGGCUCUCUGGCCUGAUGACUCCUACUGGAUACCCUACAUGACGGUGGUGGCUUUCCUGGUGUAUUUCAUUCCUCUGAUCAUUAUCAGCGUCAUCUAUUCAAUCGUGAUUCGAACAAUCUGGAUGAAAAGCAAAGCUCAGGCUGUCAUCCUAUCCAGCUGUCCUGGUGGCACAACCUCUGCUGGCUACACCAGUCGUGGGUUCAUAUCAAGGGCAAAAGUGAAAGCGAUCAAGUACAGCAUUGUAAUUAUCCUUGCAUUUGUUCUCUGUUGGAGCCCUUACUUUCUUUUUGAUAUCCUGGACAACUUCAACAUACUACCUGAGACUAAAGAGCGCUUCUACGCAUCCGUGAUCAUUCAGAACCUGCCAGCCUUGAACAGUGCCAUCAACCCCCUCAUCUACUGCUUCUUCAGCAACCGCCUCUGCCCCCCUUUCGAGGAAAGAAGAACUCAAAGGCUGAGAGGGACCUUCCGGGAAAGGAGUGAUGGAGGGCGGGAGCUGCAGGUCCUGUCCUAAACUGGAAUACAUCUAGCACAGAUAAUGCUUUGCAAAGCCACACUGGAACCUGUACCGAAGAAAGCAGAGGUCCCCCACAAGCCCUGUGCAUUGUGAAGCAGAUGGACACUGACUGGCAAGAGCCUGCAACUUGCUGCUCUUGUGCACCUCACAGCACAUAUAUUUCAGAGCAGCACUGCAGCUUCAGCAACCUCACACUGCCAGUGCCAAACUCAGUACAAGGGUUUUGUAUGCCUCCGUUUUGAGGCUUCAUCCUGGCCCUCUGUUUAAAGCAAGCUGUAAUCUGUGCAUGCUCCAAACAGCAAAAAAAAAAAAAAAAAAGUAAAAGGUGUCUAGUCAGUGUCUUCUCUAUUUUCCAGGAGUCGCUAAAAGCCAUCUACUGUACCAUCUGGCUCAUAUAACUGAUAGAGUGUUUACAAGUAAUUACAGAGCAAGGACCCCAGUUAAAAUGAAAACACAGACACUUUUCCAAUGAGAAUACAGCCCUGUCACUCAAUAUAAUUAUAUCUGGUUUCAUACAGAACCACUUACAAAGUCAUAUCCAGAAAGGAGGGGAAUGAAAGGUUGGGUCACUGCCUGUCUCAUCUCCUGGCCUAGCUUCUCAGCUCAUGCCAGCCACACCAUCCCUGUAGCUCUACCUGCCCAUCCAGUGCGAUAUUUCCCUGCUGUGCUACCUUGGCACACCAGUGGCACCCCAGGAUCCAAGAAGGGCUCCACAUGACACAUCCAGGUAAUCAUUUAUUUCUGGGCUACUAACAAAGUGUUUGCCAGCCUCUC